UUGCAGUUGGUCUACAGUAGACUACAUUUCGUUGUUUUAGGCUAAACCAAAAUUGCCGAAGUGUUUUCAAUCAUCGCUUAACCUAGGCUAUUUCCGAUUGCCAUCAUUGACAACCAAUGAUACAGGGCGGCUUUCAUCUUUGUGGCAGCAGACCCUUGCAUUGUCAAUCUGGGCCCAGGUUACCCAGACUUGCCUCCUCCAGCAUACAUCAAGGAAGGCCUGGUAGAGGCUGCAAGAGUGGACAGGCUGAACCAGUACACAAGAGGAUUUGGGCAUCCAUCUCUAGUCAAGGCUCUGUCGCAAGUGUAUGGGAAAGUAUAUGACCGAUGCAUCGACCCAUUCAAAGAGAUUUUGGUAACCGUUGGAGCAUAUGGUUCUCUAUUCAGUACCAUGCAUGGCCUGGUAGAAGAAGGUGAUGAGGUUAUAAUUAUUGAGCCUUUCUUUUACUGCUAUGUACCCAUGGUCCGAAUGGCAGGAGCUAAGCCCAUUUUAAUUACCUUAAGGCCUAAGUCUGUAAACAAGGCAAGCCUCACCAGUGCUGACUGGGUUCUGGAUCCAGAUGAGCUAGCGAGUAAAUUUAACUCAAAAACCAAGGCUAUAAUUAUCAACACACCCAACAAUCCUGUUGGGAAGGUUUUCACCAGAGAGGAGCUGCAGGUGAUUGCUGACUUGUGCACCAAGUACGACAUGCUCUGCUUCAGUGAUGAGGUUUACGAAUGGAUGGUAUACAAAGGCCACGAGCACAUCAAAAUAGCUACUUUCCCUGGUAUGUGGGAGAGAACCAUCACGAUAGGCAGUGCUGGGAAGACCUUCAGUGUGACUGGAUGGAAGCUUGGCUGGUCCAUUGGCCCUGAACACUUGGUCAGACAUCUUCAGACAGUCAUGCAAAAUACAUUGUUUACCUGUCCAACCCCUUUACAGGAAGCCAUAGCUCAAGGACUCGUUCGAGAAUAUAGCGUAAUGGGCAGCCCGGACUGCUACUUCUCCUCACUAGCUGUGGAGCUGGAGGAGAAGAGGGACCGUUUGGCCACCAUCCUCCAGUCUACCGGCAUGUCCCCUGUCAUUCCCGAGGGAGGCUACUUCAUAAUCACAGACGUGACUGCUCUCAACACAGAUCUGUCACAAAUGGGAGAUGAUGAUGCGUAUGACUACAAGUUUGUGAAAUGGAUGAUCCAGGAAAAGAAACUUGCAGCUAUUCCAGUGUCAGCAUUCUGCGGGGUUGAUUCUAAGAAGGAAUUUGAGAAGUAUGUCCGGUUUUGCUUCAUAAAGCAAAAGAAAACGCUAAGGGGUGUCUCGGUGGCGCAGCCUGCAGAGCACUGACCGCAUGCUCAUUGUGAGCCGUGACGUCAACGGUUCGAAUCCGACCACCUGACAAUUUGUCGCAUGUCUUUCCCUCUCUCUCGCCCCCAUUCUUCCUGUCUCUAUAUACUGUCCAAUAAAGCUGAAAGGCCUAAA